AAGCAUUCCAUGCAGCAGAUUUUCUCCAUCCCAUCCCAUCAGGCUGACUCCCCACGGUCAACAGGAGUCCUCACCCUGGGAUCAUUCCACAAUCCCCAUGGCUCCAGCUCCCAGCUUCCGUGGACACCAGUGGACUUACAACCCUGUCCAAGGGUCCUGCCUGCUCCUGCUGCUGGUCAUGUCAAAUCUGCUCUUGUGCCAAGGCGUCUUAUGCCCAUCCCUCUGUUCUGACGGGGAUGACAUCUGCCGGGCCUCCCUUAUAGACCUGUUUGUCCGUGCCACCAUUCUGUCCAACGGCAUGUAUAACCACUCCGUGAAAAUGUUCACUGAUUUUGAUGAACAGUAUGCCCAGGGCAAAGAGUACUUUAUCAAUGCCUCCGACAAGUGCCACACCAAUUCCCUCCAUAUGCCUGAAGAUAUGGAGCACAUCCGACGGAUGAAUAGUAAAGGCCUUAUUAUGUGGAUACUCAUGUUACUGUACUCCUGGCAAAAACCUCUGUAUCAGCUAGUCACGGACCUGCGGAGUAUGAAAGAAGUCUCAGAUACUAUCCUAUCCAGCGGUAGAGAAAAUGUGAAAAAACUAAAAGAACUUCAAGCACUCAUAGAGAGGCCGUUCAGCCAGGUUAUUUUUACAGCCAGGAGGAAGAUGUACAUCGCUCGCGUUUACUGGUUUGGACGAUCCCUACUGUCGAGCAAUGAAGAUAGGCGUCAUUCUGCAUUUUUUAACCUGUUCCACUGCCUGCGCAGAGAUACACGUAAACUUGACAUUUACACCAAGUUCGUGGCAUGCCGACUGAUCUAUAAGAAGUGUUAAAUCCACAUCUAUAACAUCCAGGUCUGAGAUGGUCAUAAUGAUCUAUCCCAUAGCAAGCUUAUUUGAAAUUUACAGAUUUUUAAUUCAUGCUCUGUGAAAUGGGUCUCUUCUUAAAAAAAUAAACACAGACUCUGUAGAGAUGUCAAAAUCUAA